AACGGACCCGCGAGGCUAAUCAAAACGAGCGUAGCGAGGUUGAGCAAAACGACACCGUAGCAUGGCAGGGUCAACGUCCUCCGGCGGUGGGCCGUCGAAUCCUCCGAAAAUCCUGUUGGCAAAGCCGGGACUGGUGACCGGCGCGCCGGUGGCGGGUAAAUAUGGGCGCGGGGGCAGUGGGGAUGAGUAUACGGCGUCGCUUCGGUCUCGCCUCCCUUCAAUCGGAUCCCUCAACCUCCUCUCUGAUUCCUGGGAGUUCCACAUCGACCGCUUCCUCCCGUUUUUGACUGAGAACACUGAGUUCACGGUGGUGGGGGUGAUUGGUCCGCCUGGAGUCGGCAAGUCCACCAUUAUGAACGAGCUUUACGGCUUCGAUGCCACCUCACCUGGGAUGCUACCUCCAUUUGCUAUAGAGACUGAGGAGGGCAAAGCAAUGGCAAGGCAUUGCAGUGUGGGAAUUGAACCUAGGGUUUCUGCUGAACGCCUUAUACUUCUUGACACUCAGCCGGUUUUUAGUCCUUCUGUUUUAGCUGAGAUGAUGAGGCCUGAUGGAUCAUCCACCAUUCCUGUUCUAAAUGCUGAAUCUUUAUCGGCCGAAUUAGCUCAUGAAAUUAUGGGCAUUCAGCUUGGUGUUCUUCUGACUUCCAUCUGUCACAUUAUUCUGGUUAUAUCAGAAGGAGUUCAUGAUCAUAAUAUGUGGCAUUUAAUGUCAACGGUUGACCUGUUGAAACAUGGUAUACCUGAUCCAUCUUCACACACCCUUUCUCAUUCUCAGAGCUCUAAUAUAGGGCCUGAAAAAGAUGGCAAGGAAAAAGUUCCAGAAGGUGGAGAGUAUAUGGCUAUGCCAGUUUUUGUGCACACAAAACUACGUGAUCACGAUCUUAGUCCACAUAGUAUUGUGCAACUGAGGAAGGCACUUCAACAAUACACCAGCACCUCUUCUUUCACGAGAGCAAAAAAUGCAAAUGUGUCUAGAGAACAUCCUGAGACUUCUAUAGCUCCCAGUACUGAAAGUCAUGAUCCUGCUUCUCCUGUGCCAAAGUUGUAUGUAAUCCCAAUGAAGAGUAAAGAUGACUCCCCAGGAAAUCAAUAUGAAAGUUGUACCUCUAUGCUAUGGAAAUUGCGGGACCAGGUCUUAUCUAUGAAUCCCCCUUCUUUCCGAAAGACUCUGACUGAACGUGACUGGUUGAAGAACUCUGCCAAGAUAUGGGAACUGGUGAAGAGCUCUCCGAUUAUUGCAGAAUACAGCAGAACACUUCAGAGCUCUGGUAUGUUUAGGAGGUAGACACCUCCCAUCAGUGCCUAUAUGUACACCAGGAUAUAACAAUAGUUCUGCAAGUGGCCUUAGACUAGCAUUAGCUAGUCCCUAAUGUUCUCAACUUUUGUUAUUUGCUUUCACCCACUGUCUGGUUUAGCACAGAAAGGAAAUUGAUACUGCAUGAAAAUUUUGAUGAUGAUCUACUUUCUAUUUCUCCA